AUGCCUGCAGACAGUCAACAGGGCCACGGCCCGGUGGCAAACCCCGUGGCCUCCUUCUGGGCGACAGAGCCCUUCGCAUUGCAAGAUCACCAAAGCUCCGCUGAUCUUCCCCCCAGAUGCGAUACCCUGAUCGUCGGAGCCGGCCUGGCGGGUGUUGGAACUGCCUAUCACAUUGUCCAGGGCGGCUCUGAUCCAGCUUCAAUAGUAAUGCUCGAAGCGCGACAGGUAGCUUCCGGGGCGACCGGACGCAACGGCGGGCACGUCAAACCCGAUACCUACUUCAACGUGCCCAAGUUUUCUAAGCUGCAUGGCCCGAAAGUCGCCGCUGAGCUGGCCGCUUUUGAGGCGUCUCAUGUUCUUGCGGUAAAACAGCUCGUCGAGGCUGAGGGUCUUGACUGCGACUUCCACCUCACCAGAGCUGUAGAUGUCUAUCUUGACCCUGCACACGCAAAAGAGACUGAAGCAGCCUAUCGGGCAUUAGUCAAGGAAGGAAUUGUUAAUUUACGUGAUGUCGCUUUUAUCCCUAAGCAGGAUGCAGAGAGAGUUUCUGGUGUCAAGGGCGCCCAGUGUUGUUUCUCAUUCACAGCAGCCCAUUUAUGGCCCGCUAAGUUGGUCCACGGACUGUUGGAAAAGCUUGUCAACAAGGGGCUACAGCUCUAUACAAACACUCCUGUCACAAUCGUAUCACCCUCUCGAGAUCCAGAUGGCAUGUGGGCGGUUGAAACAUCUCGUGGAACCAUCCGGGCAAAGAAAAUUGUCUAUGCGACGAACGGCUACACAGGCUCCGUCUUGCCAGAAUAUACAAACAAGAUUGUCCCCGUCCGUGGCAUAGCAUGCCAUAUAGACAGCCCAAAACGUUCCAACACGCCUCACCUCGUCAACACGUACGGCAUACGCUUUGACAGCAGGAACAACGACUACCUUAUCCCUCGAGCGGACGGAAGCAUUGUUGUGGGAGGGGCGAGGCAAAGAUUCUGGCACAACCGUGAUAGAUGGUUUGGUAAUAACAGAGAUGAUGAGCUUGUCGAUGAAGCCGUCUCAUAUUUCGACGGGUACAUGCAACAGCACUUUCGAGGGUGGGAAGAUAGCGGAGCCAAGGUCAAUGAGAUAUGGACUGGAAUCAUGGGCUAUAGCUCAGACUUCGUGCCGCACAUUGGCGAAGUUCCAGAUAAGCCUGGCCAGUUUAUCAUUGCUGGCUUUUCGGGACAUGGCAUGCCAGAAAUAUUGUUAUCAAGCAAAGGCCUUGCAUCCAUGGUUAGGGACGGCACGGCUUUUGAACAAACCGGCCUUCCUCGGAUAUUCAAAACCACCAAAACUAGAGUUGAGGCUCAAGGUAGUCCCCUGGAAGAUUCAUUCAAGGAGCUGUGGGCAAAGACACCUAGCCCGAAGCUAUGA